AUGGAGCAAAAGGAGUAUGUGUUGAUGAACAAGUACGAGAUUGGCAGGAUGUUAGGGCAAGGUACCUUCGCCAAGGUCCACUACGCCAGGAAUCUCCAAACGGGCGCCACAGUGGCCAUCAAGAUCAUUGACAAGGAGAGGGUGUUGAGAGCCAGCGGCAUGAUGGAGCAGAUCAAGCGUGAGAUCUCUGUCAUGAAAAUGAUCCGCCAUCCGAAUGUUGUGGAGCUGUACGAAGUGUUGGCCACCAAGACCAAAAUCUACUUCGUUAUGGAAUAUGUGAAAGGCGGUGAGCUCUUUGACAAAGUAGCCAAAGGAAAGCUUAACGAAGAUGACGCCAGAAAAUACUUUCGGCAGCUCAUCAGUGCAGUAGAUUACUGCCACAGUAGAGGGGUCAGCCACCGUGACUUGAAGCCUGAGAAUUUGCUUUUGGACGAGGACGGGAAUCUUAAAGUCUCCGACUUUGGUCUCAGUGCUCUUGCUGAGUCCAAGAGACAAGAUGGGCUACUCCAUACAACUUGUGGGACUCCGGCUUAUGUUGCUCCGGAAGUGAUUAUGAAAAAAGGCUACGAUGGUUCCAAAGCUGAUAUCUGGUCUUGUGGAGUCAUUUUAUAUGUUCUAUUGGCUGGAUAUCUCCCAUUCCAUGAUUCGAAUAUCAUGGAGUUGUAUCGGAAGAUUGCCAAGGGGGAGUUCAAAAAGUUCCCUAGCUGGGUUACCUCGGAGGUCCGCAAGCUCCUGUCCAAGAUUCUUGAUCCUAAUCCGAACACAAGGAUACCAAUAGCCAAGAUCAUGAAGAACUCUUGGUUUAGGAAGGGUUUCCACCACUCCAAACAGCUCGCACCACCAGAGACGGAAGAGAAUGAAGAACCGAGGCAAGCGGAAGAAGUACCAUCAAAGCUCUGCAACUUGAAUGCAUUUGACAUAAUCUCCUAUUCUUCUGGGUUUGAUUUGUCUGGGCUGUUUGAGGAGAAGGAGAAGAAGAAAGACGUGAGAUUUACAGCAAACACGCCUGCAUCGACAAUCAUCUCUAAGCUUGAAGACGUUGCCAAAAGAUUGAAGCUGAAACUGAAGAAGAAGGAUGGAGGGUUGUUGAAAUUGGAAGGGGGCAAAGAAGGCAGGAAAGGAGUGCUUGGGAUUGAAGCAGAGAUCUUCGAGAUCACUCCUUGUUUCCAUUUGGUAGAGAUGAAGAAGUCCAGUGGCGACACAAUGGAGUAUCACAGGGUUGUGAAAAAAGAGAUUAGGCCGUCGCUUAAGGAUAUUGUGUGGACCUGGCAGGGAGAACAACAACAACUGCAACAGCCACAGGAGAAACCGCAGGAGGAGGAGAUGAAGCCUCCUGCUUCAAGCAUGUUGCCGGAGAUCCCACCUCGGAGUUUGACGGAAGGAGAGCAAUCUGUUGUCUGA